AUGGCACCAAUCACUCCCCCUGCGUCGUACGCUGCUCUUCCCACGCAGCACAUCAAGCUCUCCCAUGUCCCUGCUACUUCCCCAACACCGACACCCGUCCUCCUCCUGACACUCAACCGGCCUGACAAACUCAAUGCAUUCACACCUCUUAUGUGUGACGAAAUGGUGUCGGUAUUCAACACGGUCGAUGUAGAUGACCGCGUAAAGGUUGUCGUGGUCACAGGCGCAGGAACCAAGGCGUUUUGCGCCGGCGCCGACUUGGAGAUUGGAUUUCCCAAGGGCAAGGGGAAGAACGGCCGUCAGAACCGAGGAGAUGUCAGCAGAGUCAAGGAUCAUCGAGAUGGUGGCGGCAAAGUCUCUCUCGCAAUCCACAACUGCCGCAAACCUACCAUCAUGGCCUUGAACGGCUCCGCCGUCGGCAUCGGCAUCACCAUGACUCUCCCCGCAACUAUCCGUCUCGCAACCGCCAACACCAAAAUCGGCUUCGUCUUUGCCCGCCGCGGCCUCAUCAUGGAAGCGAUAUCUUCCUUUUUCCUCCCACGGCUCAUCGGCCACUCUCGCGCCCUCCACCUCACCACCACCGGCGCCACCUAUCCCCCCGACCAUCCCCUUCUGCGCGACUUAUUUUCCGAAGUUCUCCCCACCGCCCAGCAAACCAUGGAUCGCGCUCUGGAAAUCGCACAGGACAUUGCGGAGAACACUUCUACCGUCUCGACAUCGCUCAUGCGGGAUCUGAUGUAUCGUGGGCCCAGUAGCCCCGAAGGAACCCACCUCCUCGAUUCUGCAGUCAUCUACAGCCUGUUCGGAGGCAAGGACAACGAAGAGGGUAUCAAGAGCUUUUUUGAAAAGAGAAAGCCUCAGUUCAAAGCUUCAGUGACGAGUCCAGACGACAUGCCAUCAAUUUAUCCCUGGUGGGACCCCAUCGAUCUCACGCCGCGGUCGGAGAAGGCUAAAUUGUAG